AAAAAUAACUUUAAAAUGUUCAGUUUAUUAUAAUUUCUACAUUUAAAGCAAAGAUCAAGUAUUUUUGUGUGUAAAAUAAAGUGCCAGUAAGUGAUCAGUCAGUCAACAGUGUUGUAUGUUGUGUGUGCAGAUCCAGGCUUUGAUGCUGAAUAUAACCUGCAGUGUUUCUCUAUCAAUCUCUUUAAGUUUAGUGUGACUUUAUCUCCACACUGACAUAUGACUGACACGAGUCUGUCCUCAGUGAAGUGUCUCUUCACGCUGGAGGAGGAGUCCCGCUCAUCAGCGCUCACACUUUAUUGAUAUAUAUGGAGAAAAUAAAAAUGCUGCUUUCUGAUUUGUCAGUGAUUGUGUUUGAUGAUUUCCUCUGUUGUGUCUAAUAAGGUAACAGUGAGUGUCAUUGGCAGCUGUGAGAGUCUCUCUCUCUUUAGGGGACUGACAGGAGCCAGUUUCUUCAGUGUGUUUGAGGAAGAAGAAGGAGAAACAGAGUCAAACAAACAGUGUGACGAGCAGAAGAAGAUGGAGGGAUGUCUGACACUCAUUUUAUUCUCCUCUAUAGUCACUCUUACUACAUCUGAUUUUGAGACUGUUAGGUUAGUUGAUGGUGACAGUCCCUGCAGUGGUAGAGUGGAGGUUCAUCAUGAUGGUCAGUGGGGAACAGUGUGUGAUUAUAACUGGGAUAUGACUGAUGCUGCAGUGGUGUGUAGAGAGAUAGGAUGUGGAGAACCUGUAGAGGCUGUGAGUGAUGCUCACUUUGGACAAGGAUCAGGACCAAUCUGGAUGGAUAAUGUGGCCUGUAGUGGAUCAGAGUCUACACUGAAGAACUGUGGAUCAGGAGGAUGGGGUGUUCAUAACUGUGGUCAUCAUGAAGAUGCUGGAGUCAGAUGCUCAGAUAAAAAAACCUUCGGAAGGUAUAGUCUUGUAGCUGGUUUUCACCUGUGCUCUGGAAGAUUGGAAAUGUAUUUUGGAGGACGAUGGUACACAGUGUGUGCUGCUGCCUUUGACCAGCAGGAUGCAGAGGUUGUGUGUAGAGAGCUGGACUGUGGGGCUCCUGUACAGGUGCUGGGAGAAGAUGCUUUUGGCAAAGGAGACGCUCAGAUGUGGACACAAGAGAUUCAGUGCAGAGGAAAUGAAUCACACAUUCAACACUGUUCAUCAUCAUCCUCACCUAAUAUAAACUGCACCCAUGAACACGACGUGGGACUGAUAUGUUCUGGUUACACUGACCUCAGACUGGUCAAUGGUCCUGACAUCUGUUCUGGUCGAGUUGAACGUCAGUACUUCAGUAAAUGGGGCACAGUGUGUGAUGCAUGCUGGGAUAUGAGAGCUGCCAGUGUCCUCUGUAGACAGCUGAAUUGUGGGAUUGCUGUGUCUGUUGUGGGAUCAGACUGGUUUGGAGAGGGAAGUGGUGAAAUCUGGGCUGAUGUGUUUGAUUGUGACGGGAAUGAAACAAAACUCUCAGAAUGUUCCAUCUCUUCAUGGAGUCGAGCUGAAUGUUCUCAUAGACGAGAUGUUGGAGUCAUCUGCUCAAAUUCCUCUCUGGCUGUUCAUGACGGUCUGGUGCGGUUGUCUGGAGAAAGACAGUGUGAGGGGGAGGUGGAAGUUUCCAUCCAUCAGGUCUGGAGGAGAGUUCUGCUGGACUCCUGGAGUCUCACUGAAUCCUCUGUGGUCUGCAGACAGCUGGGCUGUGGCUCUGUGCUGAACUUCUCCGGCUCCUCUUCAUCCAGUCCUGAACACAGUCAUGAGUGUGUGACGGGCUUCCAGUGCUCUGGGAGUGAAGCUCAUCUGGGGAACUGCAGCUCUCCACAAACUCUCAACUGCAGCUCCACACAACAGCUGUCAAUCACCUGCCUUGGUGAGAAGAGCAACAUCUGGGCAGAUUCUUCAGUUGUUAGUGAUCACUAA